AUGGCUUGCAAUGUCUACCUAUCAUUCUUUCGCCAAUAUGACUCAGCACAACUCAAAGGCCUUGAAUGGAAGUAUCUGGGAGCAUGUUAUGGUGUCCCUUUCAUUCCAGCCAUUGUCUUCCUAUUCGUCAGCUCUCCAUCCCGAGGCAAGGUCUUUGGGUCUGCAGUUCUAUGGUGCUGGAUCUCUCCCGAAUGGAAUGUCUUGAGAAUAGCGGUGUUCUAUGGUCCGGUCUGGAUUGUCAUUCUCACAACCAUAUUCAUCUAUAUUCGGGUAGGCAUGGUGGUUUUCCGCUGGCGUAAACAGCUCCUGUCGCUGGAUCAGAGUGGACCCAAGUCCGCGUCCGGUGGUGCACUCCGGGGCUUUGCCAUGAAAGAUCUACCCUCUCCUGCUCCCAUGUCUCAAGCCGCCCGAUACGAAGUCACCAUCACGAGUCAAGUUGCACACUCACCAGACUGGAAGACCACUUUGACCUCUCCACGAAACACCACAUAUACCGAAGAAACUGCCAUGAAGAGUCCCACAUCAGCCCAUGCCAGAUUCUCAUCCCUUCCCGAUGCAACAUACCCUGCUCCAAAUACCAAUGUGGUAGUACAACGAUCUCCAGUCCGAGUCCUCGAUGCAAAUAAGGCGACAUUGAGCUAUUGCAAGACGGCAUUGCUCUUCUUCUUCGCGUUGCUGUGUACAUGGUACGUAUCUGCCGUCUCGAGACGUCUCAGUCACCUUCGAAACUUCCCACUGACAUGUCAUGUCAGGGUUCCUUCCACAAUCAACCGAGUCAACACAUUGGUUCACCCAGAAAAUACAGUCUUCGGACUCGACCUAGCCUCCAGUCUGGUACUACCUCUACAAGGAUUCUGGAACACACUGAUCUACAUCGUAACCAGUCUCCCAGCGUGCAAGGCACUUUGGAGCGAGAUCAGCGCAAAGUUUGGCUCCGGCGCUCCACGGCCCAACCGAAGUCUCCCGACAUCGCUGACUAUAUCCACCAAGUUCAACAACCACAGGACAUUGGGCUCGGAAGACACACGAGCCGACAUCACAAUGCGAAUAGACGGUCGGAAUCGCGUCAUUGAGCAUAACUAUAGGAAUAGGGACUCAAUCAUCAGCAACGAUGAUUACAUCGCCACGCAGAUGAGGGGUCCCAGCCCUCUGCCAUGA